CACCAUUCACAACGGUGACAUUCAAAAACACUUCUGUCUCUCUUUCUUCUUGAUUCGUCCUCUCCAUUUUCUCAAUUUCUUUAAUCUCUUUCUUUGUCCUUUCUUCUUCUUCAUCUAUGGACCCUUUACCUUCCCAACAAGAACAACAACACAAUCUUGACGAUACUAUCCAACAAACCCUAGACCAAAAUCCUCAAUCCGAUUCGACCACCACCACAACCGACACAGCCUCUCCUGCUCAACAACGCAAACGCAAAGGCAAAGGUGGUCCCGAGAACUCCAAGUUCCGUUACCGUGGCGUCAGACAAAGAAGCUGGGGAAAAUGGGUCGCCGAGAUCCGAGAGCCACGUAAACGCACUCGCAAGUGGCUUGGUACUUUCGCCACCGCCGAAGACGCCGCACGUGCCUACGACCGGGCCGCCGUUUUUCUCUACGGGUCACGUGCUCAGCUCAACUUAUCCCCUUCCUCUCCUUCAUCGGUCUCUUCUACUUCCUCAUCCGUCUCCGCCGCUUCCUCUUCUCCUUCCUCCUCUUCUUCCACCACUCAAACCCUAAGACCUCUCCUCCCUCGUCCCUCCGCCGCGUCCCUAGCCUCCGCCUUUGGUCCGUGCGGUCUACCUUUUACCAACAACAUGUUACUCUUUGGUGGGACCUCUAUGUUAUGCCCUAGUUACGGUCUUUUCCCUCACCAACACCAACACCAACACCAACACCAACAAAAUCAAAAUCAUAUGACACAAGUGGGACAGUUCCAUCACCAACCUUAUCUGAAUCUUCACUCUAGUAAUAACAAUAACAAGAUGGGCGACAAGAUGGGCGACGUGGAGCUGACAAAUGUUCCGUUAGUUAAUUCGGCGUCGUUUCAUCACGAGGUGGCGUUAGGGCAAGAACAAGGAGGAAGUGUUUGUAAUAAUAACAACAACUCAAUGGAGAAUUUGAAUUCUGUAAUUGGUUCGGUCGGUUCAACGGUUGUUGAUCCGGUUAGUUCAAUGGGUAUGGAUCCGGGUUACAAUAUCGUUGGAGAUGGAUCUUCACCGGUUUGGCCUUUUAGCGGAGAAGACGAGUAUAGUCAUUGGGGGAAUAUUUGGGAUUUUAUUGAUCCUUUGCUUGACAUUUGAUGUACAAUCGAUGAGAGUAACUCCAAGGGUUGGUCAAGACCAUUGAAGAUUCAUAAGGAGAUUUUACAAUCGAUGAAGAGCUUUGCAUGCACAAUUUUGGAGGAUUUUUUUUUUUACAUAUAGAGAUAAUUAAGAGGCUAUUUUUACUGGGUUUGAAUAUUUUUAUUUAUAUUUUCAGGGAAUUCGUAAAGGAGAUUACGGUUCCAAUAAAGUAUAUAUACAUAUGUGGAAGAAGAAGAGAUGGGUGGAAAGUUUUAUGGGGAUUUAUUGGUUCAAAACUUCAUAGAGCGUCUUAUAAGGAUGAUUUUGAUUUUGUUUUCGUCUUUCAGAGGUUUAAUUUUGUUUUUGACUUUCAGAGGUUUAUAUAUCUCAUUUUCUCUCUGAGAGUGUUUCUAUUUUUUUUAUGUUGUAUUAGGUUUGAAUUACAUAUACGAAUCAAGGCAGAAAACCAUGAGAGGAUGCUUCAUUUUCUCUAUAAGAGUGUUUUUUUCAUGGUUUGCAAUCGAUAACUUUCAUCUAUGUAAGUUUUGCAAGUUUUGCAAGUUUCUUUAAGAAAGAAUCAAAUCAAACAAAAAUA